GCUGAGAGAGCAAGGAAGAAAAGAAGCAGAAGAAGCUAGUCAGAAAGAAAUAGAAGAAUGGGAAAAGUCACUUUUAGCUCAAGCAGCACCUACAAGGAUGGAGACAAUGUGGGAGAUCCCAGCUAUUGGUCAUUUUCUUUGUUUAGCACAACAGAUUUUAAAUUUACCUGAAAUAGUAUUCUAUGAAUUGGAACGUUGUCUUCUGAUGCCUCAGUGUAACACUUUUCUAUCUAAAAUAAUGACUUCUUUGUUAAGUCCUCCUCAUCGCAGAUCUACGUUACAUCGCAGGCCUACACUUUCUUACAGGACUUGGGAAGCAGCUCUUAGACAGAAAGUGCAACACUGGUAUAAUGUUGUAGGGCAGACUGAAAAUCCUAAUAGCUCUGCAGAAAAACUUGGAUUAUGCCCACAGUUUUUCAAAGUCCUUGGAGAAGUUAAUCCCUUGGAGGAAAAACCAUUUCAUGAGCUACCAUUCUACCAAAAGGUGUGGCUGCUGAAAGGUCUCUGUGAUUUUGUGUAUGAAACACAAAAGGAUGUUCAAGAUGCAGUGCUAGGUCAGCCUAUCCAUGAAUGCAGAGAAGUAAUUCUUGGUUAUGACUACUUGGAGAAUGCCUAUGUUCAUUUUCCCCAGUUCUGUGGUGCAGAUGUUCGGAUUUACAAACAAAAACCUUUUCGGGCUCCGGAAUUCCCAUCUUCUCCCAUCAAAGUUAAAAAAGUGUCACGUGUUAAACUGGAGAAAGUAAAACAUGAAUAUGUAAACAAAAGCAAUGGGGAGGUCAGUUCUGGUGGCAGAGGAGAGCUGCUACAUCAUUCUAAGAUGGGAGUAGAGAAAAGUGUGGACUCUCUUGUUAUCUGUCCAGAAAAAAGAACAUGUUUAGGUAGCAUUAAAGUCACUACAGAGAAGAUUAACUGUGAAAGCAAGACCUCAGGAGUUUGUGACAUCAAAAAAACUGGUUGCUAUAAAGAGAACUUGAGGAAUUUGAUUAGUUCAGGAGAGAUUGUUGGUAUGGGUGGUCUCCCUAGUUCAGGAGAAAUAAGGGCUGUGGGGAAUGGACAAGGCUGUGUUGAAAUGGCCAGAGUAAAAGUUGAGACCAGUCCAUUCAAGGAGAACACACUGAAGGCUUGCCAGAUGCAUGUCAAUGGUACUCAUGAUGAUAACCAAGACAUAAAUUACCACGCAUGUGCUAAAGAAAAAAUGCUAGAGAACUCACACCAAAAUAGUGAGAAACUAAGUAAGUUGCGGGCAAAAAAGAAGAAAAAGAAAAAAAAGUUGAAGGAUAUUCUAAAUGAAAAUCUACAGAGAAAGCUUGAUGACUGGCAAAGAAAGCAUGAGAUUCAUCUUCAUCCAUUCAAAUCUUAUAAAUCUGAGUUUCAAAACAAGUUGUUUAUAAUUAAAAAGAAAGCAAAGCACAAGAAGCACAAGUCUG